GACCUGACGACUGAAGCCAGCCUGCUACAUCCUUUCAGCCAUGGACUGUUGCGCAUUUGCUUCGAUGCGCCAAAUGUUCCCUGGAUAUUUACGCAUCGCGUUGCUGUGGGUCGUGCAAUUAGGAGCGUUCUCCCAACAUGCUCCAGAGUGUUAUCCUGGAGGUCACCGGACUUUGCGUAACCCCUAUCGCAGCGUCGACUUCGACUCCACAGAGAUCCAGAACACGGCCAUCCAGGACCUGAUCUGUGACCACUCACUGUCCCCGGGCUGGUACAGGUUCAGGAUCAACAACAAGCCGGCGGAGAUGCCGACCACCUGCGUUGAGAUGAACCGUUGUGGUACACAGGCUCCGGUGUGGCUGUCGCUGAAGGAUGCUUCCCUGCCGCGGCCCGGGGAGAUCCGCCAGCUCUCCGCCUGCGCCACCUGGCAGUUCUUCCACGGCAGCACCAAGGACUGCUGCCUCUUCCGCAUCCCCAUCACGGUGCGCAACUGCGGCGAGUUCCUGCUCUACCACCUGCAGCCCACGCAGGGCUGCAUGGGAUACUGCGCUAAAGUUUCUCCAGAUUUGGGAUCCAGACUCUGCCCCCCAGGGGAGGUAGAAGUCAACGGUCGAUGCAAAGCUGCCGUGCCGUCCCUACCAUCCCGGCCGGUGAUCACCCCGGAGCUCAUCGGCAACAGCGUCCACCUGAGGUGCUCCUUCGUCCCGCCGCCGUGGAGUCAGCCGCUGGGCUUCCAGGUGGUUUGGGCCAGACACAUCGGCCACAGCAUGAAGGCUGAGAUCAGACAAGAAUCCACUCUGAAGCCCUUCUCUCUGGUAGAGAUGGAUGGCGUUCACUUCAGGCUCGGAGAAACGUUUUCCUGCAGUGUGUCAACUUUCAGAGCAAACUCCAGCCACAGCAGGUCAAAUCCGAAAGAAAGUGAAGGUUUCUAUGCUGGACUGAAGUUUUCUGCAGACUCGCUCCUCAUAGCAGAGAACAGUAAAGAGCACGAGGUGACGGUCCACAGCACGGUGCCCAUCCCCUGCUACGGCCUGGACCACGGCCAUCAGUGUGGAGUUCCUCUGGCUGUGAGCGUCCACGACCCAGACAGUCUCGGACACGAGGCCCCAAAUGUGGUGCUGUCCGCCUGCCAGGUGGAGCUCCAGCCCAACGCCUGCAGCGACGGCAGCUGUGGCCGGGCAACCUUCUUCGUCACCGCUGUCACCGAUUUCACACGAGAUGGGAAUCGGCCAAGUCUGAUUGGGGUUUUUCCCGGACCCAGCGCCCCACGCCUCUGGAGAAGCUAUGUACCAACCUCUCUGAAAGUCACGGUCCAGGACGUUCCUACUUCGAUGUGCUACUCUCUGACUGACCCACAUGUCAUUACUCUGGACGGCAGGCGUUAUGAAAACCACCAGACCGGCACCUUUGUCCUCUACCGGAGCCUGGUCAGGGAGUUUGAGGUCCACUCUCGCCAGUGGGACUGUGGCAGCCGCCAUUACGCCGUCGCCUGCAACUGUGGCGUCGUGGCACGAGAGGGCAACGAUGUCGCCAUUUUUGACAUGUGCAGUGGUCAGCCGCAGGAAAGCAGGCCACAGCUAACCCUGAAGACCCUCGGGGACAGGGAGGGCAGUCGAGUCAGGGUGCUGGAGUCCCACCAGGGGAAGAAGGUCACCUUGAUCUUUCCCUCCGGGGCCUUUGUUAGGGCCGAUGUUGGCGAUUGGGGGAUGAGCCUGUCUGUGCGAGCGCCCAGCGUUGACUACAGCAACACACAAGGCCUCUGCGGCACAUUCGACCGCAAUGGCAACAAUGACUUCCACGCCUCCGAUGGUGGCUUCUAUGGCCCUGAUGACCUGCCUCGCUUCAUAGAGGACUGGAGGAUAGCUCCCGGUGAGAGUUUAUUCGACAGAACUCCUCCUGGGACGGAGCAGGAGGUCAGCAGGCCGUUCUGCCAGUGCCAGAAAGGAUAUAGUAGCUCUCAUCACACUAACAGAGAGAUGAGGAACUUGUAUAAUCCUUCCGCUCACUCAGACUGCAUAGCAUACGAUAAUGUGGAUUACACAUCUGUGUUCCCCUCAAUGGAUACAACGGUGGAAUACAUCAAGAGCCCGGAGAGAGAGGAGAGCAUCCUGGAUAUGUCUGCAUUUAACAGUCAUCCUCUGGAGAGGAGGCACCUGCAGUUUCACGCCGAGAACAAUCGAAACAGUGACGGCGGUCUUGAGUUGGACAGAGAGUUCAGGGAGGAUCUUCUGCUUUCCGUUGACAGGCCGAAGAGACAGGCGUUAUUUGAAUUCAAGCCCGUCUUUGCUGCUCAGAGCCUCAGCCAGGCCGACCUGGAGAACUUUGCCUACUUCUUCCCGGAGGACCACUUGGCAGAAGCCCGACCGGAGGUGCAACCUCAGUGGCCCACCCCGAGCGGCCUGACCUCAGCUAAAGCUCUGGAGGUGUGCCAGAUGGCUUUGGCCAACUCCACCGUUGGAGCAGUGUGCCGGGGGCUGCUGGGACGCCGCCUGGACGAGGCGGUGGACCUCUGCAUCCUGGACCUGCAGCUGAAAGACGACCUGGGCUGGGAGGAGGCGCUGCUGCCGUACCUGGAGAAUGAGUGUGAGAGGAGGCUGUUGGAGAACCGGACCCAGAGAGCCUUGGAGGUGGCUGGUGCACCGGGAGCGCCCAGAGAGGUGGUGACAGCGCUGCGCUGCCCCAACUUCUGCAAUGGAAACGGGGAAUGUACAGAGUGGGGCUGCCAGUGCUAUCCCAGCCACAGCUUCUACGACUGCAGCCUGGCCAUCAGCCAGCCAGUAGAGCUCACAGAUUUGGAGAACGGCGGACUGUGUGACAUCCGAGCCUUUAACUGUCGCAACAUCCGAGUCUUCGGCCUCGGCUUCAUCGACUCUCCGGACCUCAGCUGCCAUGCCACCAGACUGAAGUACAUGAACGGAGUUUGGGUUCCUGGGGAGAAACAGAGAACAAAAGCCACGUUCCUCAGCUCCAAGGCUUUAGACUGUGUUGUUCCAUCUCUGAGCAACACGGCCGUCAAUACUGAAGACUUCAUGAUGGACGACAAACCAUACGCACGCUGGGAGAUUAAGGUCACCAACGAUGGCUCCCAGUACAGCCAGGCCAGGGUGCUGACUAUCUAUGACGGUGUUUGCCAGGUCUGUGAGGCGUCCCGCUCAGGACUCUGUAAGUUAAAGGAGAGGACGUGUAACAUCGACGGGAUGUGUUUCGCAGAGGGAGACUCCAGCCCCAGCAGCCCCUGCCUCCUCUGUAACCCGGACACCUCCAAAUUCACCUGGUCUGUGAAUCAAGUCAACGAGCCGCCGGCCUUCCACCAGCCUCAAGGCGACCUGCGGACAUUUGCCGGGGAGAACUUCGUCUUCCAGUUUGCUGCAUCGGACCCCGAGGGCUCAGCACUCCUCUUCCAGCUGGAGGAGGGGCCGAAUGGGGCCGCCCUCUCUCCUGCUGGCCUCCUUAUCUGGAGGGUCCCAAUGUUUCCUGAGGAGGAGGGACGUCAAUCGAGGCGCUCCUUUCGAUUCGCGCUGUCGGACGAGUGCAAUGCCCAGAGCACCUUCACUGUGCAGAUUGAUGUGGUGCCAUGUGGGUGUCAGAAUGGAGGUACAUGUGUGACCGACAUCAACUUCCCUGCUGGCAGUGGGAAAUACCUGUGUGUAUGUCCUGAGGGGAAGCAGGGCGCCCUCUGCGGCGAGGACGUGGACGAAUGUCUGUCAGCGCCGUGCACGGUCGGCAAGUGCGUCAACACGGCCAUCGGGUACAGGUGCGAGUGUCCGGCGGGGCUGAGAGGUGUAACGUGCCUGGAAGAUAUCAAUGAGUGUGAAAGGAAGCCCUGUUUCCCAGGAGUCCAGUGUUUCAACAGCUUUGGCUCCUAUGGCUGCGGACCAUGCCCCAAAGGCAUGCUGGGAAAUGGGACAGUAUGUACAGCAGUUGACAGGCCAGUCCCCAUCUCCCCCACAUCUGUUCCUCGUACGACCGUCUACAAGAUACCAGAUGUUCUGCUGCAACCACCCAAAAUAAAGACAGACACUUUCCGGAAGACCUCCAGUGUAAGCUCCCCACAGACGAGGGCUGAGGCAGGGAAGACGAUUCCAAGGGUUGACCCAAACAGAUUACAAACUUGGAGACCGAUACCAGGAAAAAGUCACAACCCAACGCUCACUAAAGGAGAAACUAACAAGAGAAUCACAGCAGUUACACCAGUGGUGUCCCAGACAGAGAGUGAUGCUUUGAGAAAUAGCCAACUUAAACCAUCUACGACCAAGACAGACACUUUCAAGAACAUCUCAGGAAUUUCACCAGAACAAAUCAAGCCUGAUCACACCAAAAAAAGCAACACGAUUGCCAAAACGUCCACUGUACCCAAACCAUCGGGAAGUGGUGGGCCAGCUUCAGGAUCUGGUCAGUCUCUAGCUGCGAAUGUGUCGGCGACAUGUGCCAGCAGGCCCUGCUUCCCGGGGGUUCAGUGCAUCAACCGCAGGCCGCCACAUGUCGGCUACGUCUGCGGCCGUUGCCCGCCAGGCCUUUACGGCAACGGACGCGUCUGCAUGAAGAACGCCAAGGCAGCAUCCAAUCAUCUUCCUCAGCAGCAGACGGUCGGAAAAACCAGCCGACAAACGCACGGACACAGCAGCAAAGUCUCUCAGCUCCACCUGCCCAACCUGCCCACCAGGCACGGCGUCAAACACCUGUCCUGGUCCGUCACCAGAGCAAACAGAGACAAUGCACCACGUCAGGUUCCUGCUUCAGGGAGAGGAGGCGGGACGGGGAGGAGGGAGGCGGUCACUGCUGCUGCAAGAGAUGUCCCCAGAACAUCAGCCAGCCAUGUCACCACCCACCACAGAUCAUACACCAGGUCCAGCACGACGGUCUCCAGAGAUUUUAUGGUUGCCCAUGUGACGGUUUCAAAGCAGUCUGAAGGAGCACGGACUGGUGCUACACCUGCUAAGGUAACACCGCCCGCUCCUCAACUGUCCACCCAGUCCGGCAAAGUGACCCGGUCCAAACAGACGACCCCACAGCUCAACCAUCUGGCAUCCACACAGGCCAAACCCUGGACUCCUCCAAGACCUGCCCUUCCACUCACAGCAGCCCUCACUGCUCUGUCCUACUCCAUGUCCGAGUCAGAGUUCUCCGCAGAUGGAGAUGAGGCUGAGACCGGAUCUGAAGGACCAGAGAUGCCGCACAUGGUCCCGGCACUGACCUUUACAACGCCAGGCAAGACAGUGUACAGCUCCCCGCUGCACAGAGUUACUCCCAUGCAGCCGGGGCUGAGGAGCGCUACGACAGCUGACAAACAUGCGCUGACCUGCGCCGACCAGCCGUGUUUUCCUGGCGUCUCUUGUGAACCAGACAUGGAUGAUGGUUUCCACUGUGGGAGGUGUCCUAUAGGAUACACUGGAGAUGGACGAGCAUGUCGAGCUGUUUGCAGGCAUACGUGUGGCAGGAACAUGGAGUGUGCUGCACCCAACACCUGCCGCUGCAAACCAGGCUACACUGGAUUCGACUGUCUGACAGCAAUCUGUGAGCCGGGUUGUGUGAACGGAGGUGUGUGCGUCGCUCCGGGUGUGUGUCACUGUCUGAGUGGGUUUCAUGGAGAAUCCUGUCAGGAAGCUUUGUGCAGGUCACCGUGUGAAAACGGAGGAACCUGUGUGGGACUGCAGACUUGUUCGUGUCCUUACGGGUUUGUUGGACCUCGAUGUGAGACCAUGGUGUGUAGCCGUCACUGUCACAACGGAGGCCAGUGUGUUUCUCCAGAUGAGUGCAAGUGUCUGACAGGCUGGACCGGGCCCUCCUGUGAGACUGCUCUCUGCUCUCCCGUGUGUUUCAACGGAGGUGUGUGUGUUCGGCCAAACACCUGCGAGUGUCCUCACGGUUUCUACGGCGCACAAUGUCAGAACGCCGUUUGCAGUCCUCCCUGUAAGAACGGCGGUCUGUGCAUCAGGAACAACGUGUGCUCCUGUCUGCAGGGAUACACUGGGAGGCGAUGUGAGAAAAGUGUGUGUGAGCCCAUGUGUAUGAACGGCGGCAGGUGUGUGGGUCCAGAUGUUUGCGAUUGUCCGUCAGGUUGGCGAGGAAAGAGAUGUGAUAAACCCAGCUGCCUGCACAAGUGUCUGAACGGAGGGGAGUGUGUGGGAGCCAACACCUGCCACUGUGCCCUGGGCUGGCAGGGCAUGCUGUGUCAGAUCCCUGUCUGUGAACAGAAGUGUCUUUAUGGCAGUCGAUGUGUCCGACCAAACGUCUGCGCCUGCCGGAGCGGAUACUCUGGUUCUACUUGCUCCAGAAGGGUAAUAAUCUUUUCUCAACAGUGUUACAAAAUGGCUACAAAACUAUUCGGUUAGUUUUCAGAAAAAGAUCAUGGUUUGGGUUAAAAUAACAACAAAAUCU